CCCUUACACUGACUUCCUCCUCCGCCUCGCUGUGGCUGUUUUGUCUCCCCUCUGAACUGAACCAGAAAGCUGCGCGGAGAGGAGAGGAAAUGACGAGGGCGGCUCUUCUCCAGCUACUCCGCUCCCAGUCGAAGCAGCUCUCCUUCGCUUCAGGUUCUCAACUAUGCAGGUUUCGGGCAGUCUCUCGAGCGUGGAAUCCUAAUGCCGUGUUCAAUUCCUCCUUCCACCGCUCUCCUGCUCACUCGAGAUGGUUAUCCCAGGCAGCAGCUGCUGCAGAUGACAGCAGGAUUAGCAUCGGGCCCCAACGGGGCUCGGAGCCCCGGGAGGACGAGAAGGAAGAUGGUGUUGUCUACUAUGGUCCCAUCUCAAGCACCAUCAAGAAAGUAAAACUCCUCUCCCUCUCCACCUGCUGCCUCUCCGUUUCCCUGGGCCCGGUCAUCACCUUCAUGACAUCUCCCGACAUGAACGUGAUCCUGAAGGGAGCUGUGGCGUCCUCUGUGAUCUUCUUCAGUGCCUCCACCACCCUUGUCCUACACUGGUUCGUGAGCCCAUACAUUCACAAGCUCAAGUGGAAGCCCGGGUCUGAUACUUUCGAGGUGGAGAUGAUGUCCUGGAUGGCAACUUACAUUCCGAGGACCCUCAAGUUCUCUGACAUUCGGCCAGCAGAGACUAACAGGCCUUUCGUGACAUUCGAGGCCAACGGGAGCUUCUAUUUUGUUGAUACAGAACACUGCCAGAACAAGGCUCUGGUUGCGAGGCUAACCCCACAGAAGGCCCCAGCUCGUGAGUCCGCUUUCAAGAAUUUGUGAAGGGAACCGGUUGGAGAGAGUUGAAGGAAGCGAUGGGCUUGGACUUUGUUCCCAUUUUCCUCUUGUAAUGACAUUAUGCUGUGGGUUGAGUCGAGUCGAGUCGAUAGGAUUUGGCGAGAAUUAAGAUUUUGCACUUCUUUUUCAGUCACGAAUUAGGAUUUUGAUCUUGAAAGGGCGUUUCAUAUCUUUGAGAUCUGCGUGAUUCUAAUAAAUGUGUCUCUACUUAUGUACGAUUUCAUAA